GAGAAAGUAAUGUCGUCACUUCAGUGGUUGCUUUUUUUUUAAUUCGUUUGUUUUACGUUUUUUUACUUGAGCAGUAUUUGUUUUGAUGGAAAGGAAUGCCACUGUGGUCAAUUUAUUGAUCUGUUGGCAAUAUCUGGAUUUUUAUGUCAGCUUACCUUCAAAAAUUGAAAAUAUACGUAGAAAAUAAUAUUUUAGUGACAUUCAGGUCCUAAAUAUUCCGAUUUUUACCGUAAAGAAUUCUCUUCAUAGCAUCGUAGAACAAUCCUUGUUUCAAGAUGAAUAGAAGAGGGAAUAUGGCGACAAGACGUCUCCGACAGGAUUAUUUGAGAAUUAUGAAAGACCCUGUUCCUUAUGUCAAAGCACAUCCUUUACAAUCAAAUAUAUUGGAAUGGCACUUUGCUGUACUAGGGCCAGAAGAUACUCCUUAUAAAGGUGGUGUUUACCAUGGAAAAUUAGUGUUUCCUGGUGAAUUUCCAUUCAAACCUCCAAGCAUUUAUAUGAUCACUCCAAAUGGCAGGUUUAAAUGUAAUACUAGACUGUGCCUCAGCAUUAGUGAUUUUCAUCCAGAUACAUGGAAUCCUGCUUGGUCUGUCUCUACUAUUCUCACUGGUCUCUUGAGCUUCAUGGUUGAAAAGAAUCCAACAUUGGGCAGUAUUGAAACAUCUGAUUAUGAGAAAAAACUACUAGCUACUAGAAGUUUAGAAUUUAAUCUUAAAGAUCCUAUAUUUUGUGAGCUCUUUCCAGAUUUAGUUGAAGAGUCAAUAAAAAAAAUAAAUGAGCUCAAAUUGUUGAACUCUUCAAGAAUGUCAGAAAAUCAAAUGGAUUCCAAUAGCAAUGUUCAUGGUUCUCAGUACCAAAAAGGGCAAGUUUUAUUCAGUGCUCUAACAAAUGUAGCAGUAAUAGUUGGUUUUGCAGCAUUUGCUUAUACUGUGCGAUAUGUACUGAUGAGCAUUAUAAAAUGAUUUCUGUAAUGAAGCUGUCUUUAAAUUUUUCACAGUACUAUCAUAAGAAAAAAAAUUAUAUUGUCUUGUGUUAUGCAUUUUUUAUUUCAAGAAUAUCCUUUUGUUUUUCUUUUCUUUUGUAAAAAAAUUGUUUAUUUUGUAUUUAGCUUUUAUUUAGUUAAGAUCUGGCUUUAGUAUUGGAAAAUGGAUGGGUUAAUAUAAUACACAGUUUUUGUUUAUGUACAGUUCAUACAGGCUUUAUUUUGUUAUUAAAUAUGUUUGCAAAUGCCUAGCUAAUGUAGAUGUUGAUUGCGUGCAUUUCAUGAAAUAUAUAUAAAUAUUAAUUGAUUAUUUUAGCUAUGUUUAUUUCAUUAUUAUUAUUAUUAUUAUUUUUUUUUUUUUUAGUUUUUAAUUUGAUAGAUAAAGAAUUGAAAAGUAACAAUUUUUCAGCUGUAUUGCAUACAGUUUUAUUUGCUUAUCUUUUCUAUACCUUUCAAAAUGCAAUAAUCAUAAUUUGAAAAGUUGAUAUUUUAAAAUUAACAUUGACUUAUUAAUGUAUAUUAAGGAUAUCUUUAUUAAGGCACAACCUGAUGUAUUAAGAAUUUUUGUUAUAUGUUUUGAAAAACUACAACUGUAUAUAUUGGAAUGUGUGCAUUUCUCAUGAUGUAUAAAAGACUUCAUAAAGAUAAAAUUUAUUCUAUUGCAAUUAAAUAAAAAGUUUGACCUUUGCCUUAAUCAUUGAAUUCAUGAAAAUUCAGUCUUAUUAUUUGUAAAAAAUUAUAGAAAUUGAGGUAGUCUGAAGUAUUAAGACUACCUGUCUUGAGUUAUGUACAAAAAUCUGUUUCUGUUUGCAACAGAAACUUUGAAUUUGGUUGAAAAACCGCAUUCCUUUUAAAUAAAAGCUAAACAAACAUGUAUAUAAUGCCAGUAUGUUAACAUACUAUAAUUUUGUAAUAAGUUGGAUAGAAUGUGAAAAUGGAAAAUAAAAUCAUGUGUCAUCUUCAGUGUGUUUAUUUAAGUAAGCUCAAUUUUUCUGAAAUAGAAAUAUUUAAUGGUGCAUAAUCUUUUUGUUCAUCUUGAUGUAAUAUUUAUAUUUUUUUGAUUUAAACGUUAUAAUGAGCUUUACUUUCUAAUAUCAUAUUUUUUUGACUUAAAGUGUUAAAAGUUCUCAGAUUUUUUUUUUUUUAAUUUUAUCUGUUUUUAUGUCAUUUUAAACUUUCCAAAAUUUGUCUUAUAUUUUCUAACCUCUUCCCCUUCCACAAUAUCAAAACUUGCUCUUACAAACAAUAAAUCUGCAUGAAAAUGAAAUCUUUUAAAUUUUUUUCCUUUGAUUUAAUCAUAGACAUGACUGGUAAAUACUGUAGAUAUGUUUGUAUUAUCUUCCAAAUUGAUAAUAUAAAGAUGAUUAUUUUACCUGAAUUGCUUUGUAACAACAUAUACAGCAUUUUAAUUGGCAGUUUUUUUUUUUUAAAUUUUGAAACUUAUUUCUUAUUUAAAAAGGGAAGGGGGGGGGGGAAUUGCUCAAAUGUAUUUAGUACAGUGUGUAUUGAAAGUCAAAAGUAUAAAAUUUGUUUCAAUAAAAUCAGCAUGCAGCAUCAGAACAGUAAAUAAGAUUACAAAAUGUUCAGAACAUAUUUAAAUUUUGACAUUUUAGAAUAUAUGAGUUUAUUGUGACUUCCAAAUCCACAUUCCAUAUCCAUUGAUACUCAAAAUUUUUUGGGGUAAGUGCUAUUCAGAUUUGCUGGCACAUGCACACAAACUUAAACACCCCUCCUAAAAAAAUCAAUCAGGCUUGGAAAAUGAAGUGAUAAAUCCUUAGCUCCUGUUACUAUAUGAUAAAAAAGUUGCAGAGAACAGACAGAAGUCCUUCCAGACAUGCCAAAAAAUUCUUGUUGGCAAUAUAACAAAAGUUGAUGACUUCUUUCCAGUUAUAUGCAAGUUGAUUUGCAGUUGUAGAGUUAAAGCAUUCUAAGAUUAGAUGAUGAUUUUCAGUGCAUCCUGUAUGAAGUAAUUACCAAAAUAAUUUGUGAGCUUAUCCUUUUAUUCAAUAUCAGUUAGCAAUAUACAGUUUUCUAAAUGAUAGCAGUUACUCAUCUCAAUGAUCAUUUUUUGUCUGGCACAGAAUUUUAGGUGCAUUGCACUGCUAAAAUUGUUUAUAGGAAUGAUAGGUUUAUAGGAAUUAUUUGAAUCCCUCCAAAUAACGAGGGUAAUCACUAUUCAAUUUUGAUGAAAUGCAUUCAGUUCAUUUCUCUGACUUGAAAUUAAUCCUUCGGAAAAGGAUUGAUUUUGAUUUAAUUACUUUACUUAAUUAUUUAAGUUCACUUUAAAUUCCUUUCGCUUAAGAAAUGGCAGUACACUUUUUUCUCCACCAUAGGAAAAAAGAACUUCCAUUUCUAGUGAUUGAGGUGGCAUAUGUAAGCAAUUAAAUGCAGAACUUGAAGCUAUUUUCACCCCAAGCAGCCUUCUGAUUGUUUAAUGAUAACCAAGUAUAUAUUUCAAAAUAUUCAACAAUGUAUCUAAAUAUUGCAUCAGUAUGAUAAUGAAAAUUCUGCAAAAUGGAAAGUUAGUCAAAUCAUUAAAUUGUACGAGAGCACAAAUAAGAUUUUUUACUGAAGAGACUAUUGGUAAAACUGAUUAAAAACCGUUGAACUUUAUUUUCCGUUCUUCUACAACUACUGACAGGUUAAUUAGGAAUUUACUUUUCAUAUUAAAAAAAGUUUCUUCCAAAGAAAAACUAAAAAAUCCAAGAAAACAUAAAUUGUAUUUUUUUAAAAUUAGAAAUAUUGGAAUAAAGUAUCUUUUCUUUAGAUUGCCAGAAAUAAUAAAUUAAGUAUUUUGUCAAAAAAAUGAAAUUUUUAGAGAAGCCAGUUUUUUUUUUUAGAAUUGGAGAGUGAUAGCUGUAGAGAGGUUUCACUGUAUUUUAUUUAUAUUUAUGUAUUUUUUUUUUUCAUUCAUAACAUUUCUUUUAUGAACAAAAAAAAAAUCUUAUCAAAUUUUAAUAUCUUCUAAAUAGUAUCUGUUUAGUUAAAGGCACAGUUUAUAAUUUCAUAAUUUAUAUGUACUCAUAGAAUAAGUAUGUAAUUUUAUGUUUAAUUAUAUUUCACUAAAUAAUACAUUUAUUAUUAAAAAGUUUUUAGUUUAUAUGCUAUUUAAAUUUUCACAUAUGGCAGUUUUAAAUAAAGGUUAUAUUUGAAUGAAGGUGCUUUUUUUUUUUUUUUUUUUUAUCAAUUUCACUGCAGUCCUUAUUGAUUCUUGAUAUUUAGAUUAGUAAUAUACUUGGAUUUGUAUGAAUGAAUUUAGCUCAGUUUAUUUGCCAUUUUUUAAAAAGAUAUUGACUCUUUGCAGUUUUCAUUUCAUCUACUCAAAACAUGAAAUGGUAUAUAGUAUUCUAUGUAUAAUUGGAAAUCAAAUAACUCGCAUGUUAAAAAUUGAUAUUCAUAACUUAUUUGAAUAUAAAUUAUAUUGUAGUUGUUCUUAAACGCAUUAAAAAUAACUUAUUUGUAUGUUUGUUCAGAUUUAUACAAAAUUACAUGAAAUUGAAUAUCAUUGUAUUUAAAAGGAAAUCAUCAAUUUGUCAUUCUGUUUAUUCAAAAAAUCAUGAUACAUUAAAAUUAUUAAAUGAGAUUAUAUCUUUAUUUUAAAAAUUUUGAUUAACCAAAAAUAAAAAGGACUUAUUUUAAGUAAAUUAAAAAAAAAAGUAUGCAUAUUUUCUAUAUUAUUUUACAGAUGAAGAGUGCCACAUAUUUUGAAUUUUGUCUUGCUAAUUGAAUUAUAUAUAAAAAUAAAGCUAUAGGUUUAUUAAAUGUGCUUUUAUAUCAACAAUUUAUUAUUUUAUUGAAAUGCAUAAAUAGAGGAAAAUUCUGAAACAAUAACUGAUCUCAUUUUUUUAUUAUUCUAUUAAAUAGAAAAUUCAAAUUCUAAAAAAGAAGACUGAAAAAUUUGACACUCCAAUAUGCCAUUUCUUUCAUCUUAAAAUUGAAAAUUUUUAAUGCUCUAAUCUUACUGCUUUGCUCAUGAAAUCGUAAAAUAUAUUAACUAUAUAUAAGGAUAAUCUCUUCUAAAUGGAACAUAAAAAGACCUCAAUUUGGCUUAGAGAGUUAAAAUGCAAUUCAUAAUAUUGAUUUCAAAUUUUGCAUUACUCUUGAUUAUUAUAUAAUCCUGUUCAAAGUUAAAUUUUCAGAAAAUUUUUCUAAAUGUAUUGAAAUGAACAGUGUGUUAAAGGUUUUAUAUAAAAUUACAUGUAAUAAUGUCAAGCAGAUAUCUCCAAAUUUCUCAAGAAAAUGUAUGCUUGAAAUUUUACUUCAUAAUCUUUUGAGCAAUUUUUUUAAAAAAUUUAUCAUACUGAUAAUGUUAUAAUGUGCAUACAGAAUUUUGUGAAACAUGGUUUUCUAAAAAUAAUUUUCAAGUAGAAAAAUUGUAUAAUUUGAAGCUUUAAGUGAUGUUAAAUGGGAUAGAUAUUCCUAUUUUGAUACAAUUUACAUCAAAUAAAUGGAAAUAAUUAAUUCCAUGUAUGUAUAUUAUUUAUCAGAUAUUUCAUUAUUAGAUGGGCUGUACUGCAAACAGAAAAUCAAACUCAACUUUUAAAGACCUAUUUAUAAAAAUAAUUGCAAAUGUAUACCUAAUUAAAAAGUUAGAAUGUAAUAAAUUUUGCACAUUAAAAUUAUAAAAUAAAAAGUAAUGUUGUCUUGAAAGAAGAAACUUAAAACUGCAUGGGAAUUUUCAUUCUUUUCAAUAAUGUAAAUAUAUCUGUAUAGAUGUUUUAUAAAUUGUUACUGAAUGUGUAAAUGUAUUUUGUUGUUUAUGAAAAAUAAUGCAGAAUUCAUAUUAGUAUUGAGUGUUCAAUAUCUGAACUUACUAGAAAAAGUAAGAUGUUUCCCCUCUUAUAUUGUAUUUGUACAUACAAUCUUGUUAAUAAAAUAAUAUUGAAACAAA